AUAUACCAUGUUUUUACGAUUUAUUUACAGGGAAAAAUAUUUGUUUACAAUUAGAAUGAGAGGUCUGCAAAUUAUGUAUGUAUGCUGACAUGAAUUUUUCUGAGUCUUUCAAGCAAUCUGGUCAACUUUGUAAAUUUUCAAUUGAUGGAUGUUAUGUGGCUAAUGCAACACAGUACCGUUUGGUGGUGCGAGAUGUUAACACACUUCAAAUAAAGUGUUUAUUCACGUGUCUUGAUAGUAUCAAUUACAUCGAGUGGUCAUCAGAUUCACAGUUUAUAUUAUGUGGGUUAUUUAAAAGAGGAAUAAUCCAGGUGUGGUCAGUUGAGAACACAGAUUGGACUUGUAAAAUUGAUCAUGGGUCAAUGGGAUUAACUGCUGUAAGAUGGGCACCUGACGGAAGACAUAUAUUAUCGACAUCUGAAUUUAAGCUUCGCAUAACUGUAUGGUCACUGAUAAACAAAUCUGUAUCGUACAUCAAAUAUCCAAAACAUUCUACAAAAGGCAUGGAUUUUUCUAUGGAUGGAAAGUAUAUGGCUUUAUUAGAAAGAAGAAACUAUAAGGAUUUUGUCAGUGUUUUUGCAUGUGACAGUUGGGAGAUGUUAAAGCAUUUUGCAACAGAUACCAAAGAUUCGUCAGACCUUUCAUUUUCACCUAAUAGUUGCAUGAUUGCUAUAUGGGAUUCCAAAUUAGAGUACAAGGUUGUCAUAUAUUCAUUAGAUGGUCGGUUUAUUUCCUCGUACUCCGCAUAUGAUUUUGCAUUGGGUAUAAAAUCAGUUUCAUGGACUCCAUCCAACCAAUUUCUCGCUGUUGGUAGUUAUGAUCAGCAGGUGCGUUUAUUAAAUAACAUCACUUGGAAGUCUGUUUGCGAGUUCAAGCACGUGACAAAAAUUACCAACCAAAAUGUUGUAGUGUAUCAAGAAAUCGAGAGAAAAUCUGUGGUGUUACCUUGGGAGAAUGAAAAGUCAAGUCGCUAUUCUCCACCAAGUCAUUAUAUUCUGCAAGAAAAACCAUUUCAAGUUCCUACCAUUAGGCCUGAUCCAGAAAAACCAAAUCCCAAACUUGGUGUUGGAACGGUGCUAUUCAGUUUUGAUAACACAUUUAUGGCAACCCGAAAUGAUAAUAUGCCGAAUGUGAUUUGGAUUUGGGAUAUGAUGAAAUUGAAACUUCACACAGUGUUAGUACAGGCUCACCCUGUAAAAGUGCUAGCUUGGGAUCCUAAAGAAACGCGCUUGGCACUGUGUGCAGGGACGAAUAAAAUAUAUAUGUGGUCUCCAGCAGGUUGCUUAGAUGUUGAAGUUCCGUGUGAAGCCGACUUUUUCGUGACUGGUUUAACAUGGCAUCAAUCGGGAGGCUCUCUAAUUCUGACGAGUAGAGACCAAAUGUGCAUGUGUUACCUGGCAACGCCAAUGUGAAGGAAAACGUUUGUCUAAAGCAUUCUUCGUCUACUUUCUGAUGUGAAUCUGCUUUUUUACUAUGACGAUAUGUGACACAGAAAAAGAACGAAUUUGUACUUUUUUUUACGGAUAUAAAUACAUAAAAAUAUUUAUUUUAUAUACAUAACUACUUGUAGAUAAUCUUGUAUCAAUAAAAGAUAUCGUUCCGAUAUCGAAAUAAAAAUGUCAUGCAACCUA